GAUGAAAAAAAUAAUUAUAGAAGAAAUAACAACAAUAAUAAAAAUUUAGAGAGAGACCAUAAAUUAUAAAUAACAAACUAAAAGUUUAGAUAAAAGAAAAAUAAGCUCUCAAAAAUAAUCUAUAUAAUCUCUUAAAUAAAAAUUAGAUAAUGAGAGAAUCAAGAGAUUUUAAUAGAAUCAAAGAAAGAAUUGUUAUUGAAAAAUGUGAAGCUAUCCAAGAAUAAUAUAGUUAUGAAAUUAAAAUAUGAAAAAAAGUUAAAAGGUGGAAAAUAAAAAGGUAAUUAUUAAUAGCUACUUUAUAAAUUGAAUAAAUUGAACCAUAUGAGAUGGAU